GUCGUUCCAUUUUACUGUGUGUUCUCAGGGGGUUUCUUUGCCAUCUGCGAGCACCGCGCUCAUGUGUUUGUGUGUUCAGCCUUAUGCACACACAAUAAACUUUUUUACCGGACACCAGAUAGAAUUUCAAAGACACCUGCACCGAAAACAAUAAUAUUCAGAACAUUUCUUCCGGACAUAAUCCUGAACUGCUCUGGAGAACCCUUUUUCGUUUGUGGCUUUUAGUACCCUUUUCAACGAUUUAGGUUUCAUUCGAAACAGGAGCUCGGAAACAUGUUGAGGAGAGGAGGUAUUUAUUUUGAAAGGUUCCCGAAGUUGGGACGCCAAUGAUGCGCGAUGCAAGAGGAACACACACUCUGGGCGUCACUGAACUCAUCUAGAGGACCACAUCUCAUCUCCUCCCCCAUCUUAACUCUACUGACCUCCUCCCUCCCUACCUCCCUCCUCCAUCCCAGUUUAAGACUCCCCCCUCCUUAACUCUACCUGUGAGAAGAAAGCUAGUGGGCGGGCCCACUGUAUGAUUCCAUUGCCCACUUCUUAACACCUGUGAAACACUGACCAAUCACCAUGCAGACAUCAUCUCUCCGCCGCCAGGUGAAGAACAUGGUCAACCAAUACUCAGAGGCAGAGAUCAAGGUCCGCGAGGCGACCUCCAAUGACCCGUGGGGCCCCCCCUCCUCUCUGAUGUCAGAGAUCGCUGACCUGACCUUCAACGUGGUGGCGUUCACUGAGGUCAUGGGUAUGAUCUGGAAACGCCUCAACGACAGCGGGAAGAACUGGAGACACGUCUACAAGGCCCUGACUCUACUGGACUACCUGAUCAAAACGGGCUCGGAACGUGUGGCGCAGCAGUGCAGGGAGAACGUCUACACCAUACAGACCCUACGGGACUUCCAGUUCACAGACAGGGAUGGCAGGGACCAGGGGGUGAAUGUUAGGGAGAAGGCCAAGCAGCUGGUGGCCCUGAUGAGGGAUGAGGAGAGGCUGAAACAGGAGAGGACCCUGGCCCUGAAGACCAAGGAGAGGAUGGCUGGAGCAGCUGCAGGGUCAGGGAUGGGCUCUAGUUCUCUACCUCCACCCUACCCAGGCCGCCGUACCAGCCAGCCCAGCAUGACUGCUCUCUACGGGGAUGACUUCAGCCGGUCCAGGGAGUCCCAUUCCUCUUUCAAUUCCACCUCUUCCUCUCCUCGCCGUGCCGCAUCAGACAUGGAGCAGGCCCGCCCACAGACCAGCGGGGAGGAGGAGCUACAACUGCAGCUGGCUCUGGCCAUGAGCCGAGAGGAGAGUGAAAAGCCUGCUCCCCCGGUGGACACUGAUGAACAGACACAGCUCCAGAUCGCCCUGAGCCUCAGCAAGGAGGAAGCUCAGAAGCCGGCCUCGCCUCCUCCGGUUGCCUUGGAUACGGAUGAAGAGAGACAGCUCCAGAUCGCCCUGAGCCUGAGCAAAGAGGAGCACCAGCAGGAGCAACGGAGUCGCCAAGGAGACGAGUCGUUGCUCCAAAAAGCUCUGGAGGAGAGUAAACGAGAGGCGGCGUCUGGUGGAAUUGGGUCGGCCAUGAUGGAUCUGGUGGAGGUGUUUGCUGUGCCGUCUGAGGUGCCUCCUACUGCUAGUGCCAACUCCUGGAGUCUGCCAGGGGGGAACGUCCGCACCCCUCUCCACCACCCCCUCCCCCAGGCCCAGGCUGCUGCUGGGGCAGCCUCCGACCCCUGGGACUCACUGGUAGAGGCUCGCUCCACCCCCGCUGGGAUAGAGUCUCCCUGGAUGGUUCCUCCCACCUCCGGUAGCCCCGCCCCUUCUUGGCAGCGUAGCCGGUCCCCUCCGGACCCCUGGGAGACCCCGGGGGUAGUAGACCCAUUCUCUAUCCCAGAUUCUCUUCGAACUGGCAGCCCUACAGAUGGUGACUUGUUUGACGAGGCGAUGGACGGAGGUCAUUUCAGCCUGAACAGUCGUGGUGAGGGUGAGGGCAGCCCGGAGCUGUUUGAUCUGUCUCGUAUAGGGGACAGUCUGGGGGUCCCCAGCCCUCGGACAUGCCGGACCCCUGAAUCCUUCCUGGGGCCCACAGGGGCCUCCCUGGUCAAUCUGGACAGCCUGAUACCAGCCAACCCCCCAGCCAAGACCAAGAACCCGUUUCUCUCAGGUCUGAGUACUCCAUCUCCCCUCAACCCGUUCCAGAGUGAACAGCCUCGUCUCACUCUGAAUCAGAUGCGUCCCAGCUCCACGUCCCCCGUCCCCCCCUCCGGUCCUCCCUCCCUGCCCUACAGUGCUUCUCUGCCCCUGCCCGCCAGCCACCAGCCGGCCAGCCUGCCCUCCUCCCUCACCCAGCCCACCCAUGGAGCCCUGGACAUACCUGGCCUGCCACAGCCCCUGUUACCUCUUUCCUCCAUCUCGUCUCUGGGAGAGCAGCACAGUCAGAAUCCCUUCCUGUGAUGUCUGUCCAGCUGAACUGAAACCGCUAAGAUGGAAGAUAGACCAACACCAACUUCUGCCAUGCGCAGUAGAACACCUGCUGGGCGUCCACGAGCGGUGACCUGCUGGGCGUCUACGAAUCGUCGAGAAAUUUAUAGAAAAUGACGGUCGAUGUUUUGUAGUCAGAUGUGACAGGACGCCCACCCAGCUGUCGCACGGCCGGCAAUUCAUGUUGGUCUGUCUGUCCUCUAACUCUGGUGGAUGGAACAGAGGAAAUAGAAAGGACUCUUAUUAGGUUCUUUUCUGUCAAUCUAACCUCAAGACUCAACAACUGGAAUUCAGACAGAACUGAUAAUCCCCUUAAGUUGUUAUUUUGCUGUUGUUUUUCUAUGGGCUUAUAGUGCCUCUGCUACGGUCUGCUCUACCACAACCUGUCCUGUUACUCCUCUCUGCUGAAGGGAGUGAUGGAGGCCUCUGCUACGAUCUGCUCUACCACAACCUGUCCUGUUACUCCUCUCUGCUGAAGGGAGUGAUGGAGGCCUCUGCUACGAUCUGCUCUACCACAACCUGUCCUGUUACUCCUCUCUGCUGAAGGGAGUGAUGGAGGCUACUGCUACGAUCUGCUCUACCACAACCUGUCCUGUUACUCCUCUCUGCUGAAGGGAGUGAUGGAGGCCUCUGCUCUACCACAACCUGUCCUGUUACUCCUCUCUGCUGAAGGGAGUGAUGGAGGCCUCUGCUCUACCACAACCUGUCCUGUUACUCCUCUCUGCUGAAGAGAGUGAUGGAGGAGGAACGAGAGGUAGAAAGAAAGAGAAUAUUCCCAGAACGUGUUUAGGUCUAUAGUAACCUAAUCCUAAGCCAUGACAGAUACUGUACAUACACGCCGAUGCCCAAGCUCAUCCUCCGCUAUAGAAAGCACAGUAGGUGAAGAUGUUUCCAUUUGAAAGUAAUUAGCAAUACUUUACAGAGUGAGUGUGUCUGCACUAACCUGGUCUCAGAUCUGUUUGUGCUGUCCUGCCAACUCCAAUGGGUCAUUGGCUAUACAGCAGAAACAGAUCUGAGACCAGGUUAGUUAACUGCUUUUCCAACUGCUUCUUACCUAGUCACAUGCCCCGCCCACUCUGCUGCCCCGCCCACUCUGCUGCAUACUUUAGUUUGAUUGGCUCCGCACUGUUGCUCCUGAUCCAGCACUGAACUGAUUGUACACCAGAUAUGCCUGCUUAUCUCUCCGACCGACGGACCACAAUGCACUGGGACAGGACGCCCACUGUUCCUGCCGCACUGCUCUAUGCUGAUUUGUCGAUCCGCUCUCUGGACUGCUUUCAUUGGUUGGCUCUUUCUCUCCUAUUAUCUCUCCCAUGAUGCCCCAGGGGAUAACUUGGACAAGUCUGUUCAGGAGGAUGUAACGUUACAGAAUGCUCAGAUAGAAAUGUAUCAUGUAGAACAGAUAUAAUUGUCUGCCAGAUAGAAUAGGGGAAGCGUGUCGGCUCUAUUCAAUCUAUUUCUAUCCAUUCAGAACGUUUCCCAGCACAGACUGCAACUCAGAUAGAAAUGUAUCAUAUAGAACAGAUAUGAUUGUCAACCAAGAUGGAAUAAGGGAAGUGUGUCGGCUCUAUUCAAUCUAUUUCUAUCUGCAAAUGUUCAGAAUGAUACCUAGCGCCGACUACGACUCUGAUUCCUGAGAACGGGCAUAGAACAUUCCACGCCGAUGAUGAGACGCCCGCCAACCCCCAUCCACAUAAUGAACACUUGAGUUUUCGGCUUCCUUUUUUUGUUACAUCGGGCCUAGUUAGGCUCCGUCUGACUGAGUUCUCGUGUAAAAGGAUGGUUUGCUGUUGGAAUGGAGCUGCGGUGAUGUUGAGAGAGAUUCUAAGGUAGUUCUAUUGUAUUGUAGUGAACUGGAGGCCCUUUUGAGGGAUAGAGACCGGAACCACUGCAGGAUUCACUAUAGGGGGCUAAUGCUAACGCUCUCACUUCAAGUUGAGUUUAGCAUUGAUGUCAAUGGGAGAUGUGGAAAUUCAAUUGAAUUCAAUGGAAGUUAGGAAGUUAGCAUUCGACCCCUAUAAAGCAACGCAUAUUAGAAUGUAUGAAUUGAUAUCAUGAUUCUUUUCCCUCUCAUUGCUGUGAUCAUUACUUGUGAAACACUGAUUGUCAUCGUCUCAAAUAUAAGGGUAUAAUGAACUAAUAACAACACCUGG